AUGUCUAAUGACGUUAACCGUAUAGACGAGUUUUCGAUAUAUUUUACGAAUAUUGUAACGACACCAGUGGUUACGGUAGUGGCAUCUUAUAUAAUCUGGAUGGAGAUUGGUUGGGCGUUGAUGUGCAGAGUGUUUGCAAAUAUCAGGUCCAAAACAGCUAUAUUAACGGAUAUCCGGCUCAAAUAUAUUAACGAAAUUAUAGCCGGUAUGCGUGUUAUCAAGAUCACCAAAUGGGAUCAAGACAUUCUAUACGACACUCUCGACAAUAUCUCUAUCCAGUUAAGGCCUGGAGAUCUCCUUGCGAUUAUAGGACCGGUAGGUUCAGGAAAGAGUUCAUUUCUAAUGGCACUACUCCGGGAGCUACCCGUGUUUAAAGGGAACAUACAUAUUACCGGCACCGUUAGCUAUGCAUCUCAGGAGUCAUGGAUUUUUAACGAUAAUAUUAUAAAUAACAUAUUGUUUGGCAUGAAUUACGACGAAUGUCGAUAUAAGCGUAUAAUAGAGGUGUGCGCUUUGGAAAAGGAUUUACAGGUACUACCAUUUGGCGAUAAAACGUUAGUGGGAGAGAAAGGGGUGCAAUUAUCAUGUGGUCAAAAGGCUAGGAUUAAUUUGGCAAGAGCUCUUUACAGGAAUACUGAUAUCGUACUAAUGGACGACCCGUUAAGCGCUGUGGACACCGCUGUAGCCGAAUGUAUAUUUGAUAAAUGUAUCAUGGAGUACUUAUUUAGCAAAAUUCGCAUUCUGGUCACCCAUCAAAUCCAAUUCGUACGUAAAGCCACGCAAAUACUGGUGCUCGAUAAGGGUCGGUGUAUUGGGCUGGGGACGUAUGACCAACUCCAGGCCCAGGGUUUAGAUUUUAUGCAAAUACUUCGGGAACGGGAGCACAAAAAUUAUGAACAGAAUUGGGAACAUGAGCUCAAUAAUAAGUUCAAUAUUGAUUGUAAAACUGAGCCAUGUAAUAAUCUAGACAGAAAUGGGCACCUACGUAAUUCGGUAGCCCUGUCUACCAUGCUCGAAACAGUAACCACCAAGUUACUUACGAGUAAUAACAACAAUAUUGCUAAACUUAAAUUAAUGGACGAACAUCGAGAAGUCGGUUCAAUUAAGGGUCAGGUGUACUGGGAGACCGACCAAAACCAAGUAUCUACCUACCAAAAUCAAGGUAGAAGCAAUGGCGAGCAGAAUCGGAGUAUUAUGAUAUACGCCGUACUUAUUGGGACGUUAUUUGUGGCGACCCUACUCCGGUCGACCACCUUAGCACCAAUGGCCGUGUUUGAUAAUAAUCCAGUUGCCCGGAGCCCAAUAUACUCGCACGUGAGCACCACCCUAAAUGGUAUUGCAAGUAUACGUGCAUACGGGGCUCAACAGGCUUUUGAAAAACAAUUGUACGUGUACCUUGAUGAUCACAGUGCCACGUGGUUCCUAUUUAUGUGCGCAUCGCGAUCACUGGGAAUGGUAUUGGACUGGCUGUGUAUCGCAUAUUUGGUGAUCAUUUCUGUGGUGUUAAUGUCAUUCCCUGAUAACUUAUCGGCUGGUGAUGCUGGGCUAGCAUUCUCAUCCGCACUGGCGCUCGUAUAUACGACACAAUGGGGUGUCCGACAGACUACGGAACUGGAGUCCCAAAUGACAUCCGUCGAGCGUAUCGUUGAGUACUCGAGACUACCACAGGAGGCGCCACUAAUCUCACCACAAAACGACCCCUACCUUAAACCACCCCCACCUGAUUGGCCACCGAAUGGGCAAAUAAUGUUUAAAAAUGUCAACCUACUCUACCAGACCUCAAAUACGCCUGUGCUAAAAAACAUGUCAUUCACAAUUAAGCCCGGUGAAAAAGUGGGUAUAGUGGGACGUACCGGUGCCGGUAAAUCGUCCCUCAUAUCAGCCCUGUUUCGUAUGACUGAACCCACAGGUAUGGUAGAGGUGGAUGGGGUCGACACGAAAAGUAUAGGUCUUAACGAAUUGCGUCGACGUAUUUCGAUUAUACCGCAGGAACCGGUAGUUUUCACGGGACCGAUACGUCGUAAUCUCGACCCGUUUGCCGAGUUUACCGACAGUCAGAUUUGGGAGGCCUUGGAUGAGACACAGUUAAGGCACACCGUGAAUGAGCUACCCGGCCAGUUGGAUGGUGAGCUUAUUGAAGGUGGGGUUAAUCUAAGUGUAGGCCAGAGGCAAUUGGUGUGUUUGGCCAGGGCGAUUUUAAGGGAUAAUAAGAUACUGGUGCUCGAUGAGGCUACGGCUAAUGUGGACUUACAUACCGAUGCACUCAUACAACAGACCAUAAGACAUAAGUUCGCAAACUGUACGGUACUUACGAUCGCACACAGACUUAACACGAUUAUUGAUUGCGACCGCGUUUUGAAGCAAAUGACUAUAAUUUAUCUUGGCACUUUCACGGCUCAGGUCUUGGACGCGGGUGAGAUCAUGGAGUUUGACGCGCCUUUUUAA